AUGUGCCAAGAGAAACGAGCUGAAAAGCAACACAAAACCUCCCAUGAAAAAGUGAGAGUUAUAUUGGUCUUACAAAGAAAAUCUCUUAGCCUGGUAUUGACAGUAGUGUUACCAGUCAUCCUACUCGCAUUCCUCAACGUAUUCGUGUUCCUUCUACCAACUGAAUCUGGUGAAAAACUUUCCUUUUCGGUCACAGUUCUUCUCGCACAAGCUGUUUUCCUCAGCUUUAUAUCAGGUCUAAUGCCACAGACAUCUGAUUCUACUUCAAGCCUUUCUAUCUACAUAUCUGCUCAAUUGAUUCUCAGCGCCAUCUACGUCCUCUUGACUUGCUUUAAUCUAAGUAUACAUCACGGGGAUUCAAGCAACCGUCCCAUCCCUCGUUGGCUUACCAAAAUCCUCUGCUUAGCUAACGUUAAUUCCGAACACAAUGAUUAUCCACAGAAGGAAAACAACACAAAGCUGGUGACCAUGACUGCAAGUGUUACCGGAAGUGAUGUCUGUCGAAUAUUAGACCGAAUUUGCUUCCGAGUUUUCCUGUGUUUUGUCUUUAUAAUCACGGCAAUAUUUCUUUGUGACGGUUUAUCAUCUCGGAUAUUCUAAUAAGAUGACAAUAACACAUACUGGUAGAUCACACUGAAAUCUGUCGGUCCAACUUCCAAACAGGUUCUGGACCCUUUUGUCUCUGGGCUACAACUAGUAAUAUUUUGCCCGAUUUCAUGAUAACCUCGAUUUUAGUCCGUCUACUUUUAGCAAUUCUUUCAUUUUCCCAGUUCCCACUGCAAUUGAUAUUGAGAUUUUGUGAUCUCAAAUGAGAAGUGGUAUCCGCUAUUGUUGAAAUAGUAGGCAUUGAUUAAUGUCUUUAUUUCCUUGUGCGAACAAUAUUGAUUAGAGGUAUUUGGGCUAUCACCGACAUCUAAAU